ACCUCCAGCGAUGAUGUUAGACGAUAUUCUAGGAGAUGAGUCCUAUGCAACCAUAAAACGUCGCGCAAUGGAUAGAGAAGGAUGGAGGAAAUGGAUGCCUCGAACCUGCCCUAGGGCAGAACACUAAAUGAAUUUGUUUCUUACGUUAAGAAUCUCACAUUUCGUUCAGACAUUAAGCUGCCAUUUUGUUUUUUCCGUUUCUUACGUAACAUUUGCUUUUCUUCCCUUUCCUUUAGUUAUCAAGUACGUGAGCUCUAAAUUCAAACGUAAGGCACAGAACAGGCCAUAUUAUAUUCGAAUAUAGGGAAAUCCCAUGCAAGCACUAAAUGACUAUAACGAUACUGUAAUCUUAUUCUUUUCUUCCCUUCCACUAUCUAUCAAUCAAUACUCAUGUUUAACGACUACACGACGGCCGAUCACUACAUAUAAGAAAAAAGGGAAGAGGAAAAUAGCUGACCUCUUAUUAAUUAAGUGGAGAAUAAGAUAAUUUGACGAUGUAAAGAAAGAAGCAUAUGUACUUUGUAUACAAAAGUGUACAGAACAAUAACUGAGUAGGGAUGGCUAUUUUAGAACAUGUAAGAAUAAGAGCCCGAACUUUCCUCCUGCUGUAAUUCUACUAUGAUCGCUUGUUUUUUACAUAUCUUAUCAUCAUUGUUUCUGUUUUUCUUUGUAGACACAACAAGAGCAACGAGUACAUGUAUAUUUGUUUAAAUUUGGAGAAGCAAAAGUUGAAUUAGAUCCAGGUGCUGUUUUAAAUGAACAAUGGUUAUCAGCUGUUGGUGAUUAUUUAUUAGAUAUGUUAAAGUAUACCGGACCAGUCACUGUACGUAGAGGAGAAACUGUCUCAGCGCUUUAUUUAUCUUUUUCUAAAACUAUGUUUUAGGCUGUCGAAAUUGCUCAUC